CCUGGCAUCACCCACAAAGUAAGGCUGUCCGACGAAUCAAAUAUCGGUCGAUAUUAUAUCUAGGAUAAUCGAAACACACUCCAGCUUUGCGAUGGAGAAACGGCUCGGGAAGGAUAAAGGAUGGCAGCAUCCAUCUGAACGACAUGGCUGUCACCCAAUUCAAAGAGAGGGACUCUAUCACUCGAUGAUGGUUUAUGGUACUGGUCUCUUCACAGCUACGAUGGGCGAGGGAACGCCUCCCGAAUAAGUGGAGCUCCUUCCCUCCCUACACAUUACUCCCCGCUGACUUUUGGGUGACAUUACAUGACCGUAUGCCAAGCUUAAUCCACUAUCGAUGUACCAAUAUUGUAUGCGGUUGUUCUACCCGGUCGUUACAAAACCAACGACCUCCUGCACAUACCCUCGUCCCGCUCCGAACGUCCCUACACAACUGCAACCGCAUCUCGUCCUCCCCCAAUACCCCAAUUCAGCACUGCACCACCACCAUCACCAGCCUCCUAGCAACCCAGUCCUGCCGAUUCAAUUCUAGUCGCACCCCACGCAUGAACUUCGUCUCCACGGUCCCCCAGUGGCACACUCCUACCUAGUCCCUUCCUAACUUCCACCUUACCCGAGCAUACAUCAUACAUUCUCACGCAACC